AUGGAGUUCUUGAAAAUAGCCAAAACCGGUGUGGUAUUCUUGAAAAGUGAUGAAAUCAGCGUGGUGUUCUUGAAAAAUGUUGAAAUCGAAGUGACGUUCUUAGAAAGUGCUAAAACCGGUGUGUUGUUUUCGAAAAGUGCUAAAAUCAUGGAAAAAACUAAAAUCGGUGCCAAAAAUAAAGAACAAGAAUUAAACUCAU